GUUAUAUUAGCCUAUUCCUUAUCAUUGAUCCCUGCGACUCCACCUGCACAAAAUUAGUUAGACUUUCCAAGACGAACAACAUGACAAAGUCGGUCAACUUCGAGGCCAAGCCGCUACUCCAGACCGCAGAGGCCACAUCAAUACUACAGAGGUUGCAUUCCGACAGUCUGCACCAGCAUAACGAACCAACAAGAAUCCUAGACAUCCCGCUCUUGGACACGAUAAAAUGCUUCCUCACAUUCGCAGGCUGUCUCUACAACCCCUCUCUAAACAACAUCCCCACCAUCCUGUUCAAAGUGAAAUACUACAGCGGCGCCACGGGCUUCGUCAACUGCGCCUCUACAAUACGGGGAAAGCCCAAGACCGUGGAAGAGGCUUUCCAUAUGCACGCCAAAGUGCGGCACGCGAAGGAUCUCAUCAGCGAUGGCGACUGGACGUACAUGACCCGCCGAUUCGGGUACUCCAAGGUGCAGAUGAUGCAGUUUGAGUGGCUGCAGGUGAUGCGUGGGGAGGCGCUGUAUACCGAGCUUCCUGAUGAGGGGAGUCAUAGUGACGGGGGGAGUUUUGUCGGUGUGUACACGCCGAGCACGAGUACGAGUAGUAGCUGGAUGGGCGGGAGGAAAUGGGGACUUGGUGUUGGACUUGGGGUUGGACUUGGGGUUGGUGCGGCAUUGGGUUUGGUUGCUGGACUGGGAUUUGGACUGGGGGUUGGCUUAGGGCUGCUGUUGAUGCGUUGAGUAGAUGCUGUAUUGUUAGACUAUUUGGUUUAUGUUCUCAAUUCUUAGAAGCUAGACUCUUUGGGGGUUAAACACAGUUUAUCUGCCUAGAAUAGAAUUAAUAUUUGGGUAUU